AUGGCCACAUGCAAACCUUUGGUUCAGGGUGUAGACACAGCUGGGCUGACAUCCCCGGGCAGGGCAGGAGCAGCGCACGGCCCCAGGGAGGAGGCGGGUGGUGUGGGAAGGAGGUCGCUGCACAGACAAGCACCACCUGCCCUCGGGUUGCCGGGGGCCCGUGCGCCCCCUCCUCCCUCGGGGUACCGCUGCCCCACACCAGCCACAGAGCCCCUCGAAAAGCCCCCAGGAGGUGGGCACUGUACCUGUCAACCGGAGGAGGGCGGGCCAGCAGCAAAGCCCGCGCUGCCCACAUGCCCUGGCCGGGUGGAGUCCUGCUCCCAGCUCAGCCGGCAGGUUCCCACACGUGAGGAGGAAGAAACAAACACGCUCACUCACCAGGUCUUGCUAAACCCGUCCUCUGACCCAGCCCCGGGUCCCGGCCCAGUGGGUUUAAGAAGUGACCCCUCACCUCGAUUCUGCCAGCCCCGAACCAGCUACCGCUGGAGCCACGAGCAAGAACCAGCCCCUUCCACACCCACUGGUCACGAAGCAGGAGCUCCCGGGUGGCAGGAGGGGCCUAGGAAGACCCUCCUCCGAGGCACGUCAGAGUCCGUGGGCAGCAGCAGGAGGGCCCAGGUCCCCACCUGCCGGCUAAGUUGGGAGCAGGACUCCACUUGGGGCGGCCGCAGGGGCAGCUCGGGCUUUGGGACUGGCCCACCCUCCUCCGGGUCGACAGGUACAGUGUGCGCCCGGCUGGCCCACCCUCCUCCGGGUCGACAGGGGUUUGUCUGGGCCACUUCCUGUCCUCAGCUGCCUCCGCAGGCUGCAGGUCGAGGCAUCGCGGGGGCCGGGCUGAGCCGGACGGGCAACGGCCACAGCUCGAGGCCGGGGCCUUCCCCAGACAGUGUGGCCACAUCCCACAUGGGCCUCAGAGCCCUCCAGCGCUCACCCGACAGCCCCUUCUCCUCACCUGCCCUGCCCCGAUUCCACCCAGCAUCCUCCCGGGCCUCCCCAGGAGGUGUGGGGUGUGCCCUUUUCCCCGGGGAACCGGCCCCCAUCAGGCUCCUACUCAGACCCCAGUUGCUGACGCCCAGUCUCGGCCUGAGGUCGGGGCAAGGUCAGAGUGCGCUGUGUCCCAGGCCCAGCUCCAGGCAGGCCACACAGCCGGUGAGCACCACACCCCAGACCCCAGCGGCCGUGGCGUCCCCACCCCUGCCCACUAGGGAAGCCUGGCUCUCCCUGUUCUGUGGCCGAGGUCACGGGGCCAGCCAGGAGCUGGUGCAAACCCCGGUCUGUUUGCUCCAGAGACCCCUAAAUCCCCGUCCCUGGGAAGGGAGGGGCCAGUCACAAAAUUCCCAACAGCCCUGAACCCUCCCGGCCGGGCAGACGCGAUCGGGAACCAGGAGACGACGGCACAGGCCCUGGCGGGCGAGGCAGGAUGACGAUGCCCAGAGGAUGUCACUGAACCGUAACUGCAGGGUUUGCAGUUGGUCUGAUCAGGACCUAAGAAAGGCUGAGCGCCCGUCGGUGGGACUGUGAUUCUUAGACCUUGUCCUUUGUUUAUCUCCUGGCGUUUCACUUACGGGAGAAGCCCGCCGUCUGUCCUGGAAAGCAGCACAGCCGGACUUUGCAGACGGCCUCUGCGGCGUCAUUUAGCGCGUCCCCGGGCCCCGGCAUUUCCAAUAAACUCGUAUUUC